AUGCAGCGCAAACUGUUGCUCUAUGCGCUGCUCUUCUUGGCAGUGACGUCGCAAAAAUGUCAUGUAGUCGAAAGUGGCGGCCCACCCAGCGACACUAUGGGCACAAUAGCCGCCAAUCGCUACAAUGCUGAGCAGCAGCAGCAUCAACACCAACAACAGCAUCAUCUUCCCACAGCGGCGCAUCAUCAAGGCGGCAGCGUUGGUGGUGGCGGUGGCAGUAACAGCGUUCUGCCGGCGCCCGCAGCGCCAACAGCCGCCACACACGCUUUAUACCAUCCAUCGCCAUCGGGCAGUGGCCACAUGGAGCAUCGCAAUUCAUAUAAUCUGUUAAGCGAAGCAAUGUCGCAGGCUGUCAGCAAUGAAUUCAGUUCACUGGGCAGCGGUUCGGCGGAUGGUGCUUGCCAUGCAGACGAUUUGGAUUGUUAUAGUGGCAAUGUGCAAGAUCGUUUGGGUAUGGAGGCUAUACGUACGCUGCAUCGUCAGCUCGAUGAUGACGACAAUGGCAAUAUCGAUUUGAGCGAAUCGGACGACUUUUUACGCGAAGAACUCAAAUAUGACUCCGGUUACGAGAAGCGUCAGAAAGCGUUCCAUUUUAACGAUGAUAUGCACAUUUCCGUGAAGGAGCUGUGGGAGGCGUGGCUACGUUCGGAGGUGCAUAACUGGACCAUGGAGCAAACUUCAGAUUGGCUGGCGCAAUCAGUGCAAUUACCACAAUAUGUCGAACUAUUUCGUUUGCAUAAAGUGACCGGUGCUACAUUGCCAAGAUUGGCAGUAAAUAAUAUGCAUUAUGUGGGCAAUGUGCUGGGCAUAAAGGAUCCCAUUCAUAAGCAGAAAAUUGCGCUCAAGGCGAUGGACGUUGUGCUAUUCGGACCGCCGCGUGAGACCGGCACACGCUGGAAGGAUUACAUUUUAGUGACGCUAUUACUCAGUGCAAUUAUAGGUUGUUGGUAUGCAUAUCAACAAAAUAAGAAUGCUAAAAGACAUUUACGACGUAUGGCUCAAGACAUGGAGGGGCUGCAGCGCGCCGAGCAGAGUUUACAAGAGAUGCAAAAGGAAUUAGAACGUGCGCGCAUGGAGCAAGAAAAUGUUGCUACGGAAAAAAUGGACUUGGAACGUCGACUUAAAGAGGCUCCCACACUUUCAUCAUCCAGCUCUGAUCUGGAGGUGCAAAAGUUGAAAAAGGAAAUCGAAAUAUUGCGUACAGAACUGUCACGCGCUGAAAUCGAAUUGGUGGAUAACUGCUGGACACCGCCACCACAACUACAAUCCUGGCUGCAAUACACCUACGAAUUGGAAAGCAAGAAUCAUUUGAAGAAACGUGUUUCAGCGGAGAAGCAACUGCAAUCUGCUCGGGAAGCAUGUGAAAAAUUGCGUAAAAAACGUUCCAGCUUAGUUGGUGCCUUCGUUUCGACGCAUGGCAAAAGUAUUGACGAUGUUGAUCGCUCCAUUGUGGAGGCGCGCAAUUCGCUCAGUGAGGUGACAAACGAGUUGCAGGAACGUCUGCAUCGUUGGAAACAAAUUGAGAAUUGUCUAGGAUUUAAUAUUGUCAACAAUAAUGGUUUACAGUAUCUGGAGAAUGUAUUAUACAAUCGCAAUGGCGGUAGCAGUGUUAGCUCCAAUAAGGGUUCACGAGGCCGCAUAACGAGCAGCAGCGAUGAUUUAGACGAUGAAUCUGUGCAAGAACUUCUGUACAUUUAUCCAGGUAUGUUGGACAGCUAUAGUCGCAGUUCGGUGGGUUUAAGCGGUGGCAGCAGCGGCAUCCUAAACAAUAACUCCAAUGCGCUGUGUGAUGAUUCGUCGGGUAGUGAGGACGCCAGUGAGGGACCUGCACAUGCGCCGGUACAAUUUUUAUUGGGUGGUGCGCCCACACCCUCGUUGAAGAGCGCCACCUCAACAACAGCCGCGGGAACAGGUGUCGUUUCACGGGCUGGUGCUGCUGUCAACCACUCGUCACUGGAUGUGAAUACGUCGAAUCAUAUUGGCAGUUUGGGCAACUCAACGAACGCUAUUGGAACGUCUGGUGUGGCGAGUGUAAACGCCCAAAAUGCAACCCCACCACCCUUACCGCCGCACAAUAAUGCUUACAAUUCGAGUUACUUUUUGAAUGAUAGUCUCACUGGUGUUGAUGACAGUCGUCAUAGUCCGUCUUCAUCAGAAAUCUCCAUUACGGUACCGCCACGUUUGAAGAAGCACAAUUCGUCUAAUUUAGUGGUGACACCACCAACAGCGGUAGCAACAACAAUUACACCACCAACACCAAUACCGCCACCACCGCCGCCACCGCCAUUGCCACCACAUCUUGCAGCGGUCGGCACAGUGAACCGUGCACCACUUCCACCACCUCGCAAGUCUGCACAGAGCCAACUUUUGCGAUCCCAAAGCACGGAUCUGGUACCAAUGGAAAUCUACACGUUCCUUAAUAGACAGCAACAACAGCAUAGCGCGAAACCCAACAUUAAUGGCAGCAACAGCAGCAACCACAACAGCUUAUCCACGGGACAACAAUUCAUUGGUAGCGGAAGUGGAAUUGUUGGAAAACUUAGCGGAACCAACAAGAAGAUGGUCAAGCAGCACAGCACAACUAGCCAACAGUCCACAUCGUCCACAUCAUCGUCCGUCCAUUCAACACCAUCCGCACCCGGUGCACUCGGCGCAGACGCACACAGCGCCAGUGGCAAAGGACAAUCCCCCGGACGUUGGUCAUCCCAUGAGCGCAUCUUGCCAAUCCAUCAACAACAGCAACAGCAGCAGCACGAACCUCAAAUGCUUAUUUGGCAGUCAAUGCAGUCUGUGCAGCACAAGCAGCCAACCGCCGCUCACGGACAACAACAGCAGCAGCAGCAGCAGCAACAGCAAUCAGCGCAGCACGCUGGAGAUAAAGAGUCGUUCAUGCAGCCCCAUUACACAGCAAUUGCUGGAAAGCCGCCCACUGUCGGCGCAAUACCCGCACAAUACCAGCAAUUACCCACCUCGCUUAGCCUGCAAUCGCUGUGCGGGGGGCAGACACCACAGCAUGGGAGCGACAAUAUCAGCCUCGGCACCGCCGUCGGCGCCGCCGCCACCACCACCACAUCUGCGCCAGCUGCUGCGUCGGCACACAGUGAUACCCAAAUGGAGGACCAACUGUUGGUCAGCGCCGACAGCGCCAGUCUCGACGGCGGCGCCACCAUUAAGAAGCGAAAACGACGUUUGCGCUUCCCCUUCGGCGGCGGACACCGCAAAUCCGCCAGCAACGCAAGCGCCAGCAGCGGCAGUACAGCCAGCGUCAGCGUCAGCUCCAACAAACAUACAUAGCUCGCAUAGCGUUGGCUGCCUGACAACCUCCUACAGCGGCGCCGCCGCCGUAAUAAUGGGGGAUGCGUUGACGAUGCAGAAGGAACAACAACAACUACAGCAGCAGCUAGGCAACGAUGACGACCGCAUGCACGAUGUUAUGGACAACGAUGAUAUUUUCAAAGAAAACUUAUAUAAACGUAAUAGUAGCCACAAAAACGCCGAUGCGCAUGCCGACUCAGAGGCGGAGGCAUACUCUCAGGUUACUUUGAAUUUUGCUAAACGCGCCGCACACGCCGCUGCGACUGCGCGUCAAUUGAACGAGCAUGACAAUAAUAAUUUUAGUGAUACCCAAUGCGACUUGAGGAGCACGCCGACCAGUGGCUUCACGAUAACGGCCACCUAAUACGGUGAUCGAACGAAAUACUUAUAUUUUUUAACACAAAUGUUACACGUCUUCCAUGUACGACGACUGGAACCGACAACAAUGCGUAUAAAAUGUGCGUGCGAGUACUUAAUUUUACAUAGUUGUGCAUACGAACAUAUACUAAUUGGAGAAGGUCACAUAAAUACAUUGCAUGCAAACACACUCACACACACACAGAACAUAGAACAUAGUAACCCUGAUCUCCGAAAGCAUGAGUAACUCCUAGAAAUGUGCUCCAAUAUCAUGCUAUGGCACACAUCAAUUCAGUGCUUCCUCGCAUUGCGUAUAUAUUUUACAAUCUAAGGCAGUUUAACCUAAAUAUACUUGGCAAAACGUUAAUUUGCGUUACGCCUGCGCAAAACGAUAAGUGAAAAUAAACUAAAUUUUUUGUACAAAAAAAGAUUUGAUAAUUUUUGUGAGCUAUGCAGACCAAGUUAGUACUUCAGCGUCCAUAUAAUGGCAUUAUUAUAGACAUAACGGUAAAAAAUAAAUACAAAUUUGUUUUAUGAGAAUUCAAAUUGUAAUUUUUAACUUGUUCCAAAAUAUUGACGUGAAGUGCUAUUUGAUACGCAGCUCUCUGGCAGCCAUACAUUAACGGCCUAAUUUCUGAAAAAUUAAAAAUCAAUUAAAUUUACUUUAUAAAUAAAAAAUUACGAAAGUUUCAUUUACAAAGCAUUUCAAAAAUACAUUUUUCGUAAUGAAGCCGCCAAUGAUUUGAGUGCUUCCCUUAGCAAAUGCGAAGACAACACUAGUAGCCAAAUGAAGUUAGAAAAAGUUUUUGUUGCAAAUACUGUUAUGAAAAUUUUUGUAUUGCAAAUAAUAAGGAAAUUAGUUCAAUAUUUGUAAUGUGAAUAGUAAAAAUCAACUUGAGAUAUUUUGUUUUGGUUCCAUCCAUACUUGACCUUAAAACUUAACGGUAAUUGCAAUCAUCCUCGAAAUUUGUAACACGAGUCACGACACACACUCGUAUUUUUUAGAAAUUGUUCCAAAAGUGCCUCAGCGAAAUCACGAUAUUUACAAAAUAAUUAGUAAAUAAGUUGUGAGUUUUUAUUUGUAAAUAAGCAAUUCGUAAAAUUUUUAUUUCUUUAAAUUUUGUAAUGCGAAAAUAAGCAAAAACAACACACAGAUACUUACAAUUUUUAUAAAAUUUUGUAUACGAAAUAAUGGUCUGUAAAUUUUAAUGAAAAUAAACACGAAAAUAUAUGAAAUAAAAAUAGCAAACAAAUUAAAAAUUACGUUGUCACUCUUUAGAAAAACAAACUUAAAUUAAAUUUUAAUUUUUCUUGUAAUUUUUUAAACUACAUAAUUCGACAAAAAUUUAAGUCAUAACUUCUGUGUUGUUUUGUGAAUUAUUUGCGCACAACUGUUCGCCUAAGAGCACAGUUAGACCAUUACAGAACUGAAAAACUCGCCAUGAGAAGCAAAAAAGACAACUAGCAAAAAAAUUGAAUUAUUUAAAAUUUCAUACUCGUCUCUGUGUAAUGUUUUUGGUCCGUUAAAUUUGUAUUGAAAAUUUUUUUAUUUAAUAUAAACACUUAUAAUUUGCACCUUAAUCAUUGGACUGAUAUUUUCUUGGCUAUGAAACUUAUUAAAUGCUAUGAUAAUAUUGUAUUACUUCUACAAGUGCAUAAAUGAUUUUUAUGUAUGUUUAUAUUAUACCUAACUUGUUGCUGUGCAUGAACGUACAGACAAACGUUACGUCGAAUAUUUACUUAAUUUGGUAUUAAUUGCAGACAUUACCUAAAUAAAUAAUAUCUAAUAUUAGUGUAUUAUGUAUCUACCUAAAUGAUAGCAAUAUUUAUAGCAUAAUAGCGUUAUACUAUACAUACUUAAUACAUACAUACAAUUAUCCAUGCGGAUAAAGAUUUUAGCAAUAUUAGUACUAAUGUGUAAAAGAAAAUUUUGCAAAAUACACAUACACAAGGCCAAAAUGUAUAUGUGUUAGAAAAGAAACAAAUUUAUUCAACACACCAGACACUAUAAGCACUAUACCUAACAACAACAAGAAUGAAAACUUAAAACAAAAAUAAUAAUGUAUUAAACUAUAAUUAUAAUAGAGAGCAAAAUUUGCCACAAUUAAGCAACAGCGAUAGACGCAAGAAACUUUUUCAGCCAAAUUGCUGAAGAAAUUAUAUCAUUAUAUACCUUUUAAUAAAAAUUACCUAAAAACAGUAAA